AAAAAAAAAAAGAAAAAUCCCAGCAUAUCUCUCUCCGCCAUCUCCCUCCCAUCCUCCCUCUCCGAAGCCACCACGCGCAUCUCCCUCAACCUCACGCGCUUCCUUCUCCUCUUCGCCCUCGCCCUCAGCCUCGUCUACCACCCCUUCGCCCUCCUCCUCGUCGCCGCCCUCCUCGCCACCUGGAACUUCCUCUUCUCCCGCGACGCCGCUGAUCCCCCUGUCACACUCUUCGGCCUCCUCACACUCGACGACUGCAUUAUCGUGAUCUGGCUCAACGUUUUCCUCUCCUUCCUCGUCAGCGCUGCUUUGGCGUGCUUCUAUGCCGCUCUGAGGAGAACCGAUGAAGGUGUUGAUGACUAUGAAUCCCCCUAUGGCCCCAUGCUUAGUGAUGAUUCUGGUGACGGUGCUGGUGCUUAUACUCGAGUUUGAUUUUGUCAUCAACAACUGUCAACUGACACUAGGGUUUGGCAUUUGUGCUUAGUGAUUUGUGGAAAAUGUUGUCAAUUUUGGAUUCCAUUCUUUACCGGUAGAUUUCACUAGUAGCUUCUCAAUUGAUUCAUAUACAUCUAUACAUGAUUUCUAUUCUGUUUCUAGCAGUUCAUUUCUAUAUGUUUGUGUGUGAUAGUGAACAACUGAACAUGUAGUAGAUUGGAGUUGUGAAUUCAUCUAAUGAGAAGUAGAGUAUGAUAAAUAACCUUUGGCUGGAUUGUUGAGUUGUGUGAUUAGACAAGUGCUGCAUUGCUUGAGUCUUUGUGUGUUGUUAUUAAUUUGUUUACUUUGGUAUAUUGCUGGGUGAUCUGUUUGUUUUUGCCAUUGUUGUCUGAAGACAAUGUGCUAUUCAGUAUUGGUAUUACAAUCAAGAAGUUUCAUUGGUUGGGGAGGGGGUAGAAAGCCUCAUUACCAUGCAUGCAGAGAUGCCUUUUGAGAAACUACAAGGCCUCCCAAAUUGCUGUGGUGUAGUUGAUGUUACAGACAUCAAUGUGUUUAGCUUCCACAGAACCUCAUAAGGAAGUGUGGCUUGACUAUGAGAAGAAACAUAGCAUGGUCCUGCAAGCAAUAGUGGAUCCUGGAUAUGAAGUUCAGAGACAUAGUCACUAGUUGGCCAGGUAUGAGAACUCUAAGGGAGCUGAAGCUGCUUAGACACAUUCAGCAUGAGAAUGUGAUUGCUUUGAGAAUGAGAGAUGUCAUGAUGCCGACCCAGAGAACAAGUUUCAAGGAUGUCUACUUGGUCUAUGAACUCAUGGAUAUAGAUCUUCAUCA